CUCCCUCUGAACUUUGAAAGGUUUCUGUCCCAGACCUCUGUGAACAGUUGCAGUCCUCCUCCUCUCCUGGGACAGACGCACAGCCAAAACAUGCGUCCUGCCUGGAUCCUGAUGUCCUUCCUGCUGUCAGGAGGACGAGCAUUCAUGAUCUACAGCAGCGAGCACAGUCUGUGUCUGGAGGAUUCAGGCACGAGAGAAGUCCAGCUGAAGAGGUGCAGCCCGGACUCGGAGUCUCAGCAGUGGCUGUGGGUCAACCAGAGCAUGCUGAUGUCUGCAGCUACGUCCAGAUGUUUGUACACUCGGUGGAGUGAUGAUGUAGUGCAGAUGCGGCCCUGUCGUGGUCCGGAUCCAGCUGGAUUAGAGUGGGACUGUCACAAAGGCAGGCUGAUUAGUAGAAAAACCUCGCUGCUGCUGACUGCCAGUGGCCAGCAGGUGAUCCUCUCGCAGCAGGGCAAACUCUCAAUGUGGAAAUCUCUGGAUGAGGAGGACUUCUGUAAGGAAAGACUCAGACUUCGGAGGGCAUCUAAUGACCCGCACCAAAGUGACUAUGAGGAGGAUGUGGAGGAGGUGACAGACAAGAGGGGGGGCAUGACUGAGGAGCAACGACAAUUUCUCCGCUGGUUUUACCGUAAAGAGGACUCCACAAUGUGGAAAUUUGUCUUGCUGGGACUUUCCUUCAUCUGUCUUCUGUUUGGAUUCCUGCUGCUGGGAAUGGGAGCCAUGGCAAACAAGAGCCGAAAAAAGAUAGCAAAAUACAAAGCAGCCGCAGCCCGUAGGCAGAAAGAUGAAGAGCUGCAAGACAGUUCAGGGAUCAGCGACAAUGGUAAACCAUCACAUGGCGGACCGCCACACUCUUCCACAUUCAACAGGGAGACUGAUGAGCUCAAAGCAGGGAGCAUCGUGGUGACAUGGAAGGAUGGCAACACUUCCUGCCUGUACUCUGAUCCCAUAGAGGAGAAACAGAAGGAAGAGGAGCAGACAGAAAGGCUGGUGCUUGAACAAGAGGGAGAUGAUGAGAAAACAGAAUGAAAACACAGAGAAAUGAUAAAACCCCACAUUAUGAUCAUAUAAAGUCAUAUAAUGUAACAAAAAUAUGUAAAUAUAUUCCAUUUGAAUUGAUUAUUUUGUCGUCACAUCAAACCUUUUGUUGUUGUUCAAUGCUUCAAUUCCUCAUUAAAUCAUUUUGUCUCACUGC